UGUGUAUAUUUUAGAGUUGCGCAUUAUCUACAAAAUUUUCAAAGCAAUCCCUAGAAACUAUUUUCUUCGAUAUAGUGGUCAUUCUUUAUUUUAUCAGGUAAAGACCCAACCCUAAUUCGUUUCAUUCUCUCGUUUCUUCCCCACAAUUCUCAACUUCUAGCCGUCCUAACCCUAGGGUUCCCAAUUUCUCAGCUGCACGAUCGGCUCUGAUAAUUUGGGUUUUGUGGGUAUGGGAAAAGGUAAGCUUAUAUUGAUUUGUCAAUCCGGUGGCAAGUUUGUGACGGACGAUGAUGGAACAAUGACAUAUACCGGAGGACAAGCAGAAGCGAUAAAUAUUAAUCAUGAAACCUCUUUUGAUGACUUUAAGCUAAAAGUGGCGAAAUUCUUCAACUUGGACUAUCAUUCUUUGUCCCUCAAGUAUUUUCUCCCUCUAAACAGAAGAACCCUUAUCACCAUGAAACAAGAGAAGGACAUGAAAAGGAUGUAUGAUUUCCAUGUGAGCUCUGUCACAGCUGAAGUUUUUGUAACAGGACAAGAAGGAUUUCACUCUGAACGAGUUGUGUCACCUGGUAAAAGGGCAUAUAAUAUAGCUGUUGGAACAGAGACUACACAGGUUGCAUACGGGAAUGUAGCCAAUGUACCCAUUGAAGUUGCCACAGAAACUCCUGGAGAAAACAGUCUCGUUGAUGUUACUCUAAGAUCUAGAAAGGUCUCUUCCAUAACUACUUCUGAAUCCGGUGGCCUUAUUGACAUUCCCCUAACGAUAGCCACCGAUCCAGUGGUACCAUCCAAAUCAACCUCGAAAAAACCCAAGAGGAAAGGGAAGAAGAACCUUGUUUCGAGUAACUCUAAACUGACUCCCAAAAGUUCAAAGCAAUCAUUCGUACGUUGUAAUACAAAAAGCUACUCUCCGACGUCUUUGAGUGUUGUGUGUGGUGUGAGUAGCAGUUCCCCUGUAAGUGUUAGUAAACGAAGACGGGUAAUGGAAGAACCCAGCAUUUUGCUCCAGGAUGAAAAUAUUGGGGAUUCAAGGAGAAGAUCCUUAAGAAACAGGGGAGAAACUCGAAAGCCUGUAAUAGAAACUGAUGAUGAUGAAGAAUAUCUCUUAAGUGACGAAGAUGAUGCUGACGAUGAGGAUGCUGAUGAUGAUGAUGAUGAUGAUGAUGAUGUUGAUGUUGAUGUUGAUGAUGACAAGGAUUAUGUGCAGGACAGUGAUGCCUUUUACCCUGAAACUGAGGAUCUUGACUCUGCACGCGAGAUGAACUAUUCUAUAUCUGGUGCUAACGAUGGUUCUGUAGAGAGCUUGGUUGCCUCAUGGAAACGUUGCAUUACCGGUGUAGGUCAGGGUUUUGAGAGUGUCGUUGAGUUUCGUGAUGCCCUGCAGAAAUACGCCGUUGCUUGUCGUUUUGGGUACAGAUUGAGAAAGAAUGAAUCAAAUCGUGCAUGUGGUGUUUGUUUAGUCGGAGACUGUCCUUGGAAGAUUUAUGCAUCAUGGGUACCAUCUGAAAGCGUUUUCAGGAUAAAAAAAUUCAAUAGAAGGCAUACUUGUGGGGGAGAAUCUUGGAAAUCUGCUCAUCCGAAAAAGAACUGGGUUGUGAGUAUCAUCAAGGAGAGGUUGCAGGAGAACCCGAAUCAGAAGACUAAGAACAUCGCGGACUCUAUUUUCGAAGAUUUUGGUAUUGAGCUUAGUUAUUGCACUAUAAGACGAGGCAUUGAUGAAGCAAAAGGAGGACUUCAUACGUCAUUCAAAGAGGCAUAUAAGCAUUUGCCCCUCUUUAUGAAUAAGGUAGUGGAGACAAACCCGGGAAGUAUGGUUGAUCUCGUGGUUGGCGAAGACCGAAGAUUUCAACGGCUUUUUCUGGCUUUUCGAUCUUGUAUCCAUGGAUUUCAAACUGGUUGCCGGCCGCUUCUCUUCCUUGAUGCCAUUCCAUUUAAGUCUAGGUACCAUGAGAUUUUGUUAACAGCCUCUGCCUUGGAUGGAGAUGACGGCGUGCUUCCAGUGGCUUUAGCCCUGGUGGAUGUGGAAACUGAUGAAACUUGGAGAUGGUUUCUUGAACAAGUGAAGGUAUCUGUGCCGAGUUUACGACCUCUUACCUUUGUCUCUGACCGAGAGAAAAGACUAGAGAGUUCUGUGCCGGAGAUUUUCGAGAAUGCUCAUCACGGCUAUUCCAUACAUUACUUGAUGGAGGAUUUUAUGAGAAGCCUGAGAGGUCCAUUUCUUGGAGACGGGAAACCAUCUUUAUCGUACUAUUUACUGGCUGCAGCGCGGGCUGAUCGACUCGACGGGUUUAAGGUUUACACUGAGCAGAUAAAACGAGUGUCUCGUAGAGCUUAUGAUUGGGUGAUGCAGAUUGAUUCAAAGCAUUGGGCCAGUGCAUUGUUUGAAGGUGAACCAUACAGCCAUAUAACUUCAGAUGUGGGAGAGAUCUACUCGAAGUGGAUCGAAGAGAUUCAGGAGACUUCCAUCGUCCAGAAGCUUGCGGCGUUUGUGAGUAGAAUUGUGGAUUUGGUAAACAGUAGCCAAGUGAAGUCACAAGAGUGGUUCACCCAACUUGUGCCAUCUAAAGAGGAGAGUCUAGUAGAAGAAUGCAAGAAAGCAAGCGUACUAAAAGUUUUCUUCUGCUCGGACACGCUUUUCGAGGUUCAUGACGGGUCUGUUCAGCUCGUGGACAUCAGUAACCAAACCUGCAGCUGUUUCGGAUGGAAACCCACUGGUCUUCCUUGCCAGCACGCGAUUGCUGUCCUAAACACAAAAGGAAGAAAUCUAUAUGACUAUUGCUCAGUUUUUUUCACUGUUGAGAAUUACCGGUCGACGUAUUCAGAAACUCUGGGACCAGUUGCGAUCGACUUAGCUUCCGUGGAGAAUGAAGGGAGCAGCAAGGAAGAGGAUGAACAAGUACUUCCACCUCUGUUUUCUCGGGUUCAGGGAGUAGACAAGAGAAUCAAAGACAGGAAGAGAGGAAGAUCCGUGUGCUGUACAAAGUGUGGAGGAGUAGGACAUAACAAGGCCACUUGCAAGGAUGAUUGAUUGAUCGUCUCGUUUUGGCCUGCUUCUGGUCAUUACAUUUUGUACAGAGAUUUACAUCGUUCUUCAUAGAUUUUGUUCGAACUGCAUGAAGAUCCGGUCAGGAUUUCUCUUUCGCUCUCUUUUUUAUUUUUCUCCCUUGGUGUAUAAAAUAAUAAAACUUAAGAAAAGGGUAUGCUUUGUGGUUAAUACGUUGGGAUAUUGGGUACAAUACUCUCUCUAAUUGUUGGUUGACUGCAGCUAAAGUUUCUUUAUAUCUCCGUCACUGGUGAUACCAAACCUCUGUUAAACAUCUGUUUUCUGUAACUAACACAAAUAACAAAAUAACUUCUAAG